GAGCGAGAGAGAGUGAGGCAACGAGGUGACGUCACAGCGCCGCUAACUAGGACACUCGUGCCGCAAAACGCAAAAUCUCGUUAGCCAGCACAACGCUUGCAUCCUCAGCAUCCGCUUGAAUAUUCACAUCCGCGAAAUGGUCUCUCGACUGGGCCUGCACUCGCUGCUCGCCGCGCUGCUCGUGCUGGCGGCGCAGCUGUCCAGCGUGUGCGGCGUCAUCGAUCGGCUGGUGGUGCAGACCAGCUCCGGGCCGGUGCGCGGCCGUUCCGUAACGGUGCAGGGUCGCGAAGUGCACGUCUAUACGGGCAUACCCUAUGCCAAGCCGCCUAUCGAUGAUUUGCGCUUCCGCAAGCCGGUGCCGGCUGAGCCCUGGCACGGCGUACUCGAUGCCACACGCCUCUCGGCCACCUGCGUCCAGGAGCGCUAUGAAUACUUUCCGGGUUUCACUGGGGAGGAGAUCUGGAAUCCCAAUACCAAUGUAUCCGAGGACUGUUUGUAUAUAAAUGUGUGGGCGCCAGCGAAGGCGCGUUUGCGUCAUGGGCGUGGCGCCAAUGGAGCCGAGCACUCGGGCAACAAGCAGACCGACACGGAUCAUCUCAUACACAAUGGCAAUCCGCAGAACACGACCAACGGGCUGCCCAUAUUGAUAUGGAUCUAUGGCGGUGGCUUCAUGACCGGCUCGGCCACGCUGGACAUUUACAAUGCGGACAUCAUGUCCGCCGUGGGCAAUGUGAUCGUGGCCUCGUUUCAGUAUCGCGUGGGCGCAUUCGGCUUCCUGCACCUGUCGCCGGAGAUGCCGCCCGAGUUUGCCGAGGAGGCGCCCGGCAAUGUGGGCCUGUGGGAUCAGGCACUGGCCAUACGCUGGCUGAAGGACAACGCGCACGCCUUUGGCGGCAAUCCUGAAUGGAUGACGCUGUUUGGCGAGUCGGCCGGCUCGAGUUCGGUGAAUGCACAGCUCAUGUCGCCGGUCACCAGGGGCGUGGUCAAGCGUGGCAUGAUGCAGUCGGGCACCAUGAAUGCGCCCUGGAGCCACAUGACAUCCGAGAAGGCCGUCGAGAUUGGCAAAUCGCUGAUCAACGACUGCAACUGCAAUGCAUCCAUGCUGAAGACAAAUCCCGCCCACGUGAUGACCUGCAUGCGCGCCGUGGAUGCCAAGACCAUAUCGGUGCAGCAGUGGAACUCCUACUCGGGCAUACUCAGCUUCCCAUCGGCGCCGACCAUCGAUGGCGCCUUCCUGCCCGCUGACCCGAUGACUCUGCUGAAGACGGCCGAUCUGAAAGGCUACGAUAUACUCAUGGGCAAUGUCAGAGAUGAGGGCACUUAUUUCUUGUUGUACGAUUUCAUUGAUUACUUUGAUAAGGAUGAAGCCACUGCGUUGCCACGUGACAAGUAUCUGGAGAUUAUGAACAAUAUAUUUGGUAAGGCCACGCAGGCGGAGCGCGAGGCUAUUAUAUUCCAGUACACCAGCUGGGAGGGCAACCCGGGCUAUCAGAACCAACAGCAAAUCGGACGCGCUGUGGGAGAUCAUUUCUUCACGUGCCCCACCAACGACUAUGCACAGGCGCUGGCCGAGCGAGGUGCCUCCGUGCAUUACUAUUACUUUACACACCGCACCAGCACCUCGCUGUGGGGCGAGUGGAUGGGCGUGCUGCACGGCGAUGAGAUUGAGUACUUCUUUGGUCAGCCGCUGAACACAUCUCUGCAAUAUCGACCUGUGGAGCGGGAGCUGGGCAAGCGUAUGCUGAAUUCGGUCAUUGAGUUCGCCAAGACGGGCAAUCCGGCACCGGAUGGCGAGGAAUGGCCGAAAUUUUCUAAGGAGGAUCCCGUGUAUUAUAUCUUCAGCACAGACGACAAAAUCGAGAAAUUGGCACGUGGCCCGCUAGCAGCGCGUUGCUCCUUCUGGAAUGAUUAUUUGCCUAAAGUUCGAAGUUGGGCAGGCUCCGAGUGCGAUUCGGGCAGUGCUUCCAUAACGCCCCCCAUGCAGCUGCUUGGACUGGGACUCGUGCUCUACAUAGGCGCCCUGCUGCGGCUUAAAGGAGUUUUCUAAAAGAAAUUCUCUGGCAACAUCGCAUUCCAUAAGUAAAAUAUGAUAAUAUUUAGCAACUGAAAGAGACGGCGAGAGAUAAGGAGAGAGCGAGAGCGAGAGCGAGAGCGAGAGCGACAGAGUUUUAGAAGUGGAGCCAGACCUUUGUAGUUUGGCCAAACGAUUUGUAAAUGAAUUUAGUGUUGCAUGCAACUGCAUUAAGUGGCAGCAGUUUGGCAUUUGUUGUAGUUGUUAGUUUUAACCGCUUGCCAGGUGCAAGCAGGUAGACACUUUAGCACGCGGCUUGCCCCACACAGAAACACUCACACACACACACGAACACAUAUCAAAUGCAGCCCGAGUAGUUGCGCUUACUUUUAUUAUUUCCAUAGACACACACACACACACGCAGACACCUUGAUACACUUUUGUAGCACGCCGCAGAAAUUUGCUUAGUUUGUAUAAAAA